AUGUCGUAUCCAAUGCUGCCCACGAACCUCCCUCCCACAACGCCGCAGAAGCCCCUUCCAGGGGCCUAUCUACAAACUCCAGCGGUGCCUCACAAUAACAUGUUUCAAUCUCCGCAGCAAGCUGGCCCCAACCCGCAGCCUCAGAUGACAUCCCCUCACGCAACGUUGCCCAAACUGCCGCCAGCGGCCUCGAAUACCCAGAACCAGACCUUGAGUACCGAGGAGCGUGGCGCCCGUACCAUCAAUGAUACCUUAUUCUCAGAAUCGCGGUAUCCAGACCUAGAUAGCUACUUGUCUCUUGUGGCUGACCUCUCGUCGCGUGUGCUCUCAGAGGGAUUUUCCUCCGAAUAUGACAUCCCCGCAUCCCCAUCAUGGGCGCCAUUCCAAAAAGUCAAAAUGUAUAACAUACCCGACCAGAUAUUUGAUCAGUACAACCGCGCACAAGUCUCGACAAGUAUGGGAUUAUUCGCCGAGUUGAAUCACGCAUGGGUCGCGAUCGACAAUGCGCUUUACCUAUGGGAUUUCACCCAUCCAAACCCUCAAUUGGUUGGAUUCGAAGAGCAGCCCAAUAGUAUCAAUGCCGUCAAGCUGAUGAAACCACGACCGGGAGUAUUCUUGCCUGCCAUUACUCAUCUGCUGAUGGUCGCCACAACCGCAGAGGUGAUUCUGCUAGGUAUGGGUGUUGAGACAACCCCCAGUGGAUCCAGACAAGUCUCAUUGUUUCAAACCGGAAUGGCCGUCUCGAUUCGAGGACUUGAUGUCAAUGUCUUUGCUUCGUCAGACUCCACUGGUCGAAUUUUCUUUGGCGGGUUAUCCGAUAACGAUGUCUAUGAGCUUACAUAUCAACAAGAAGAACGGUGGUUCCAGGGUCGGUGCGCGAAAGUGAAUCAUACCAGCUCCCGCCUUUCUGCCUUUACCCCAUCCCUGAGCUUCAGCAACCUUGCAGCCUUGUCGCAGAAGCCUUCCGAGCAUGUGGAGCAGAUGGUGAUUGAUGACAGCCGCAGACUCUUGUAUACGUUGUCGUCUGUAUCCACCAUUCGCGUCUUCCACAUGAAGCCGGACGGUACUCUUUCUCUGGCAAUCACCAAGAAGGCGCUGGAUAUCUACUCCAACAUCGGACACAUUAUUGCAUCCAACGAAACUUUGAAUCCGAAAGUAAAGAUCGUUUCUAUCAGCCCCGUUCCUGCUGCGGAAGCCUCACGUUACCACCUAGUGGCGACGACUGCUACCGGUUAUAGAAUCUAUCUUAGUGCCACAAGCUCAUAUAGCUGGUCGCCGACGCCAAACGGUACCAAUGCCCCCACCAGCAUGCAGGCCCAGCAUGUGAAGACACCCCCCGUCGAUAAUGCUGCUGCAGCCGCUGUCUCUUCUUUGUCCGAUUUUGCCGGUGGGCUUUCUCGCCUGUCUACCUCCGCCACGAAAGUCCCUAUCCAGUCUCUUUCUCCUACUCGUAUGGCGGCACGCUUUCCUCCAGGCUACUUUUUCUGCUUUACCUGCAAGGGUGCCACACAGAAAGCGGAUACGCUCUUCAUUUCCUCGCCAGAAUUGGGUCGCAUCUCUCGUUCCCCAGAAAAUGUGAUUACUGGCAAGGCAGCGGAAUCUGCUAUCUGGUUAAGUCUAGGCGGUCGAGCGGAGGAUAUCGGUCUGUGUUCGGGCACCCCUCCCGCUAUUCCUGGCGGCGGCUUUGGCAACGAGAUGGCCAUCCAGUUUGAUCAUCCAGCUGCCGAGAUUGCAAUUUUGACAAACACCGGCAUUCAUGUGAUCCGUCGACGUCGUUUAGUGGAUAUUUUUGCUGCUUUGGUGCGCAACGGAGGGGAAGGGGAUCAAGGCCUCGAGACCGAGAUCAUCAAUUUCAUCAGGACUUAUGGUCGUAGUGAAACACUCGCAACGGCCCUUGCGGUGGCUUGUGGCCAGGGUGUGGAGAUCUCUCCUGACCAACGUCUGACUCCGAUUAACGACCCAGAUGUACUGGAGUUUGCUCGCAGAGUCUUCAUUGAUCAAGGCGGCCGGCCCUCCAACAAUGAGAAUAUCGUAACUGACAAUUCGACUCCAGCCAUCGAUGCCGUCAAUCCUUCCCCUCGCCACGCCGGUAUUGCCUUGUAUAUCUCCCGUCUUGUGCGGUCGAUCUGGAAAAAGGAGAUCGCGAAGAUGGGUAAAGGCGCGAAUGGUGCGAUGACUGUUUCCGCAUCGGUGAGCGCAGCCAAAUUGCAAACAAUCCAGCACGACCUUUCAGCCCUGCAAAAGUUUUUCCAGACCAAUAAAACUUUCAUUGAGGGCUUGAGCGGACCGGAGGCCCUGGCCCGAGUGUCGACCAAACAAGAAGAAAUCGCGCUGCAAGCCGAGCACCGUGCCCUGCAUUCCCUUGUCCAGCUUGUUUCUCAAACAAUUGAGGGCAUCUCCUUUGUCCUGGUUCUGUUUGAUGAGCGCGUGGACGAAAUUGUGGCUACUCUGCCCGAAGAAUCGAAGCAACGGUUCCUGAAGCUGACUUUCGAAGAACUUUUCAGCAGCACCAAGGGCCAUGAUAUUGCCAAGGAGCUAGUCAAGGGCAUUGUGAACCGUAACAUUGCCAAAGGCUCAAAUGUUGAGACUGUUGCCGACGCUCUUCGACGUCGUUGUGGCAGCUUCUGCAGCGCCGAGGAUGUAGUCAUCUUCAAGGCGCAAGAGCUACUAAAGCGUGCCACAGAGGCCGGUGCCAACUCUGAGUUGGGGCGAAAUUUGCUCAAUGAGAGUUUACAUCUUUUCCAGCAAGUUUCUGACAGCCUCCCAAUGGACUAUUUGGUAUCAGCCGUGGACAACUACAUCGUCAACCAGUUCUUUGCCGGUGCCAUCCAACUCGCCCUCAACGUGGCUGGACGCUCCGACAAAGCGAAUGUCGCGCUCUCGUGGAUUAUGGACGGCCGUCCUGAACAGGUGCCUAUCCCACUUGGCCUUUCUACAAUCCACCCGCUCAUCUGUUCCCAGGACCCACGCAAGGAUUACUUCUAUUUCCGCAAACAAUGUUACGACCUUAUCUCCAAAGUUGUCCUCGCCGUGGACACUCUGGCCGCGUCUGACCCCGGUGUCAUUGAUGGCCAAUUGACCAUCAUCGCCAAGCGCCAGAACGAGGCGUAUGGCGUCAUCUCAGAUUCGACGGACGAGGUUUUCCUGACGAGUCUGUAUGAUUGGUACUUGGAGCAAGGGUGGAACGAUCGCCUUCUCCAGACCCAGUCUCCAUUCGUUGUUACCUACCUCGAGCGCAAGUCCACUGAUGACAUUGCCCACGCCGACCUCCUCUGGAGAUACUAUGCGCAGUCUCAGCGGUUCUUUGAGGCGGCCAAGGUGCAGUUCCAAUUAGCUCAGAGUGCAUUCACUUUGCCUUUAAGUCGACGUAUCGAGUAUCUAGGCCGUGCACGUGCGAAUGCUUCUACUUUCACCCCCGAUGUUGGUCGCCAGUCCCGACAACGCCUGUUGCAAGAAAUAUCGAACCUCAUCGACGUGGCAAAUAUCCAGGAUGAUCUUCUACAGCGACUCAAGGAUGAUGCUCGCCUUGAUCCAGGACGCAAGACGGAAAUCCUCCGGGAUGUGGAUGGUCCCGUCAUGGACAUCAGCACACUCUUCAAUAAAUACGCCGACUCGGCUAGCUACUAUGACAUCUGCCUGCAGAUAUUUUAUCUGGCCGAUUAUCGGAAUGCUGCGGACAUCAAGGCCACCUGGCAGCAUUUGAUCCAGGAUCUACAUCAGACGACUGUGACCCGUGGCUCGCCACAGCCCUUUGAGGCCGUGAUCGAGAAGGUCCGCAGUCUUGGCAGCCGACUGCGGAUGUCGGAGACGAUUUUUCCUGUUCGCGACCUCCUGCCUAUGCUUGAACGGUAUUCGCUCGAGUCCCAGCGCCACGUCGGCUUGACCCACUGGGUAGUGGAUUUGUUCCUGGACCUGGGUGUUGCCCAUGAUGUGCUCUAUUCUGUGCUGGAGCAGAUGUGUUAUACUGACGAAGCCCCCUUUAAUGCCACGAACCGCCGAUAUGUCGCCGUGGACCUGAUCUAUCUAGUACAGGGGUGGUUCCGGGAAAGUGCUCGGAUGGGCGGUAUGGUCUUCGGGUCGGAUAACCAAGCCGAGCGGGUUGCCGAGGCGUUGUUGUUGGUGCAGCAAGGGUCGUCCUGGGCGCCUGCACAGCUCCAGGAGGAAGCGCAGAUGCUGCGAACCCGGAUCGAAGAACUGCUACGUUGA